AUGGCUCCAAAAGGGAACUUCCACUGGCCAGAGCUCAGACAGAGAGUGAUGCUGGUUAUGCCUUUGGGAGGGCAGGUUUAUGAAAGGGUGGGAAAUGUUGUUCAGUUCCAGUGUAAGAAAGGACAUCUUCUCCAUGGAUCAACAACAAGAACUUGCCUUCCUGAUCUUACAUGGAGUGGAGUUCAGCCAGAAUGUAUACCUCACAGCUGUAAACAACCAGAAACACCAUCUCAUGCAAAUGUUGCAGGAAUGGAUCUUCCCUCACUUGGCUAUACAUUGAUUUACACUUGUCAGCCAGGCUUCUUCCUGGCAGGAGGAUCAGAGCAUAGAGCCUGCAGAUCUGAUGGCACGUGGACUGGGAAAGUUCCAGUUUGUGAAGCUGGUUCCAAAAUAUUGGUGAAGGAUCCCAGACCAGCUUUGGGAACGCCUAGUCCCAAACUAAGUGUUCCUGAUGAUGUAUUUGCCCAAAAUUACAUAUGGAAAGGAUCUUACAACUACAAAAGCAAGAAACAGCCCAUGACUUUGACAGUCACCAGUUUUAAUGCAACUUCAGGAAGAGUAAAUGCAACACUUACGAACAGCAAUAUGGAAUUGCUGCUUUCAGGAGUAUAUAAAAGCCAGGAAGCUCGACUCAUGCUCCACAUAUAUCUUAUUAAAGCACCAUCUCAUACAUCUGUGAGCCAGCUGAAAGAAGAAAAAUGGGCUAUGGAUGGUUUUGUUUCUGCUGAACCUGAUGGAGCUACAUAUGUUUUUCAAGGAUUCAUUCAGGGUAAAGAUUAUGGGCAAUUUGGACUUCAAAGAUUAGGUCUUAACAUGUCUGAAGGUUCAAAUUCUUCUAAUCAACCACACGGUACAAAUAGUAGUUCAGUGGCAAUUGCUAUCCUUGUGCCUUUCUUUGCCCUCAUAUUUGCUGGUUUUGGCUUUUAUCUUUAUAAACAAAGGACUGCACCUAAAACACAAUAUACAGGAUGCUCUGUACAUGAAAAUAAUAAUGGACAAGCUGCUUUUGAAAACCCCAUGUAUGACACAAAUGCAAAGUCUGUGGAAGGGAAAGCGGUACGAUUUGACCCCAACUUGAACACUGUUUGCACAAUGGUAUAAUGUGGUAAUGAUAUGUCUUCAAAGUUUGAAAAUCAAAACACAACACAGUGCACACAUAGUUCACUGAUUUAGAAAAAAAAAAAAAAAUAAAGCACACUUUUCAGGAUAUAGUUGGUCACCUUUUCCUGAGGAUGAUAGACAAUAAUGGGUUAUGGUUAUUCUGUUUUGAUUUUGUUUUUCAUAACCUGGAUCAAAAAUUUUCUUCGUGUUUACCACGGAGAGUUUUACAGAAAAAAUCUGCUGCACUCCAUGAGUGCUAACUCACAAUUUAUUUGCUUUUUUAAAAAAGGAGGUUAUUCUAAAACAUAAAAUGUAUUUGCAUAUAUUGGAGGAGCAUCCAUUAUCAGUACUUCUGUGCUUUAUAAAAAUUAUAAUAAAGGGAAUGGGUUAAAAAAAAAAAAGAUAUAGAUAGAAAAUAAGAGCUAUACUUACAGGAGACAAUAGGUCACUGACGUCUUUCUAACAGUGAUAUGCUACAUCUUUUUAAUGAGUUUGUAACUUUUUUUUUUUCAUUUAUUCAUUCCAUUUAGUAUUUUCUUUCUUUCAGAACAGUUUUUUAACUCCUGAAGGUAGUAUUUAGAGAUGAGCAAGUACAACUUACUCUUUUCACACCGCAGAAGCAAAACAAAAAUGUCAGCUUUUUAAUUAAUAAAUUUAUUUUUGUGUUUCACAUCUUCCU